AUCUGCUGAUGAACUAGUGGAUACUAACACUGCAGAAACUUAUUGGACCAAUCUUCCCUCCUUGUCCAUGGCUAUAUUCUUUCCACAUGAGAAUUCCUGAAUCUCUAACACUGAGCCAAGAUAAGUGUUGAAUGUGUGGGGAGUCAUUCUUCAUGUCAGAUCAUACACUUGGUCUCUCCCUCACUAGGUCUCUCAGCAUGAGAUACCAUCUCUAUCUCUUCCAAUUUCAGACCCAACUGAGGUCCGACUGGUGAAUGGUUCAAACCGCUGUUCUGGGAGAGUUGAGGUGCUGCAUAACCAGCAGUGGGGAAGUGUAUGUGAUGACAGCUGGGACUUGGAUGAUGCAGAAGUGGUGUGCCGGCAGCUGGGCUGUGGGAUGGCCAUAUCUGCUCCACCUAGAGCUCGGUUUGGGCUGGGAUAUGAACCCAUCUGGCUGGAUGAUGUGAACUGCACAGGCUCAGAGGCUGCCCUCUCUGAGUGUGGGGCCAGGCCAUGGGGAGAGAGUAACUGUAACCACAGAGAAGAUGCCAGCGUGGUGUGCCUAGGGCCAACUCAGCUCCGUCUGGUGAAUGGCUCCAAUCGCUGCUCUGGGAGAGUUGAGGUGCUUCAUAAACAGCAGUGGGGAACUGUAUGUGAUGAUGACUGGGACCUGAGUGAUGCUGAAGUUGUGUGCCGGCAGCUGGGCUGUGGGAUGGCCAUAUCAGCUCCAGGCUUGGCACAGUUUGGACAAGGAUCAGACCAUAUCUGGAUGGAUGAUGUUGAGUGCACAGGGACAGAAUCCAUCCUCUCUGAAUGCAGGUCCAAGACUGGGGAACCAACUAAUUGCAGCCAUGAGGAAGAUGCUGGUGUUGUGUGCUCAGAUCCCAUAGCACUGCGACUGGUGAAUGGUUCAAAUCUCUGUGCUGGGAGAGUUGAAGUGCAUCACAAGGAGCUUUGGGGAACUGUGUGUGAUGACGACUGGGACAUAAAGGAUGCUGCAGUGGUGUGCCAGCAGCUGGGCUGUGGAACGGCACUCUUGGCCCCUGGGAAAGCUCGAUUUGGGCAAGGACAUAAUGCCAUCUGGCUGGACAACGUGAACUGCACAGGGAGGGAAGGCACCCUCUCAGAGUGCCUGGCCAGGCCAUGGGGGGAACACAACUGCAACCACGGAGAAGACGCUGGCGUAGUGUGCUCAGGCCCUGUUAUACUCCAAUCUUCACAGCCUCUGCCACUGCUUCCAUUGCUUAUCUCAAUCAUGGCACCAGUCUUGAUGCUGCUUUGUGGGGUUGUUCUGUACCAGAAGAGGAGAAGAAUACAAAAUAGGGCUUUUAAUUCCACUCCAGGCUUUGUGCGCAUGGAGGAUCUGCUCAUCUCUGACAUCUCCCUUCCGACUCAUGAAGCUGAGCAACUGGCAGCAAGAGCAGUUCCUACUGAGGAUACUGGCAACAAAAGAACUCGCCUGGUGGGAGAAGACACCACACUGUGACAGCCACGUGCCAGCCAGCUAGAGAUGGAAAAGAGUGUUGGGGGCACAGUAUGAGUAUGGAGCAAGGGGGAUCAGCUCUGUGAGGCUUGCUCUUGGCCUCAAUAUGUAGGAGUUGUUGGUGCCUUGGGGUCUUCUUGGUACCUGCCAGGAUGUGAUGCUCCUGAGGACAGGUGUGUCAUGCCUAGUACAGAAUUUGGGGGUCAAACUGGGUUGCUGGUUCUGUCCUCAGGUUAUGCAGUGCCAGGCACCAAGUGCUGUGUCUGGUUCUGCUAGGAGGGGUUGACUCUCAUCUUGUGACUGCCCCAUGCUGUCUCUGCCCCUCUCCGACUUCCAGCAUGGUCUUUCCAGCUGUCAUAACACUCUGCAUCCCUUCAGAGGACCCCACAGCCACUCCCUCAUCUGAGAUUUCCCUCUGUGACCAGCCUGUGACCACUCCAGAUGCAAAACUCUAGUGGUGCAGCUCUGUCUCAUAGGGCAGCCCUGACACCAUCGACAGCUCUGGACCACUUCUUCUCUACAAAGUUGGGUUUCUAGAAAUUAAUCCACCAGCCAUCUCCCUGCCACCUCGGUCAGUCACCCCAAGCAAUACAAGGCACGACACACACCUCAUGGCACCAAAGAACUGCAUGCAAAAGACAUCUGAUGCACAGAAAUCUUUCAGGUUCAUGCUUUCAAUUUUUUGUGCAUUUGUGAAAAUAAACGUAUUCUGUAACAUUUAAGGAG